AUGCAAGACGAAGAGAAAGCGUACAGAGAUGAAGGUAUAGCCAUUGAGCAGCACAUCCUGCAAGAGCUUGACCUCGAUAAUGAGCGUCAAUCUCCAUUCUCCAACAGGCGGAUCUCAUGGUCCCGGCAAUAUUCUUGUCGUGUCCUGAUCAAGAAGUACAGCAAGCGUGAGAAUAACGAGAUAACGAAAGCACAGCUGGAGAUCGCGGCAUUAUUGGCCUGCAAGGAAGAUGCUACUCCACCUUUGCUGGACUACUUUGACCCAUCUGAGACGAUAUGGGUGGUGAUGGAGGAGAGAGAUGACGUGCCAUUGAAACGGUAUAUCGAAGGGUAUGGUACCUUGUCCGAAGAGAUGAUCAAGUCAGCCGUUACGCAAUUGUUCUCUGGAUUGGCAGCUAUGUUUAUGGCAGGGUUUGCGCAUCUCAGAAUAUGUGAUGAGACCUUGUACAUGAAUGCGGAAGGACAACUGACGAUCAAGGACUUCUUCUAUGCGCAUAAGUAUGGAGCGCAGAAGCUGGAAGAUCUAUAUGCAACGACUGAUGUCAGGUAUGGACGGGACAUUUAUGCUGCACCGGAAGUGCUUUCAACAGUAGGCAACUACAACGCCAGGAAGGCUGUGCUUUGGUCGUGUGGCGUUGCUAUUUACUACAUGGCUACAGGACAAACUGAGCGUCUCUCGAAUCUCGACCGUCCUACCUUCGCUACCACCUCCGCAGCACAGAUCCAGUCGACCCCCACCAACACUGUACUCGAGACACAAGCAGAUGAGCGCAAUGUUCCAGGAACUCCACCAACUCCUUCCCGGCGCCGUUCUUCUCUCGCUACUGCUCUUGCACACCGUCGGCGUUCCUCAGCAAAUAAUGUCCACAGCCGCAAAGCUUCCUUGACUCAACCACCAACUAUAAUCACCUACCCAGGCACACGCUUCGAAACAGCCUCCUGGGUACGCGAUAUCAUUUCGAAAAUGCUAAUCGUCAAUCCACUUAGACGCGCUGAGUUGAUCGAGGUGGCAUCCAAGGUGCCCAGAGAAGUAGUGGCAAAGACUGCACGACCAUUGCUUGAGCUUUGUUGGUUGGAUUACAAGGAACACGUCGGACCUUAUGCAGGCUUGAAUUUCGACAUUGAUGAUUCGGCGAGUAUCAGUAGCAGUUUGUUCUCGGGAGUCAGUAGAAUGAGCAAUCCGUUUGCAGGCUUGCUGAGCGGCAGGAGGAAAAGCUCAAUUGAUGCGGGUGGAUCAGACACUGCGAGGGCAGGGAGGACAUACGCUGGAUUUGUCUAA